UUGGGAGAAAUCGGAGGAGAGCCGGCCUGGCGAGGCGGCCAAAAGCGGGCGCAGUUUCUUCCCCCUGGGGGGGGCAUGGCGAGAGCAGGCGCACGGCUGGGGCUGCGCUGGCAGGCGGGUGUCAGGAGCGCGGCCCGGGUGGAAAGCUGCAGGAGGAAUGGAUUUGGCCAAGAACCGCUAAGUCCCAUCUCUCUAAGUGGCGUCAACUUCCUGCAGCAUCCAAGGGCCUAUCGGGCAGCUCUUUGUACUGAGCUGACAAAGCCGUUGGUUGUAAGGGAUGUCCCAUCUUCUUCCUUGCAGUCUCAUGAGGUCAGAGUUCGUGUCCGUUACUGUGGAGUAAAUUUUGCGGAUAUACUGGCUUGUCAGGGUCUUUACCAAGAUAAACAUUCCCUUCCAUUCACCCCAGGAAUGGAGUUUUCAGGGGAUGUGUUGGAGACUGGAGUGGAAGUCAGCAGUGUGAAGGAGGGGGAGCGUGUGAUUGGUGUGGCUCACACCAAAGCUCUGGCUGAGGAGUACGUUGCAGAUCAAAAGUUGCUCUGGAAAAUUCCACAUGGAGUUCCUUAUGAAGAGGCUGCAGUGUUGCCCGUCUCUUAUGGGACAGCCAUUUUGGCCCUGGAACAUAGAGCUCACACACAGCCAGGGGAGACAGUUUUGGUUACGGCAGCAGCUGGUGCCACAGGACUCGCCACUGUGGAUGUUGCAAGCAGUGUCCUUAAGGCAAAGGUAAUUGCCGCAGCAGGAAGUGACAGGAAAUGCAAUCUGGCUCUCCAGAAGGGGGCGUCCCAGAGUGUGAAUUACAGCCGGGCUGGCCUGAGGGAGGAACUGAAAAAGCUCACAGCCUAUAAGGGAGUUGAUGUGGCUAUUGACACCAUCGGUGGAGACAUCUUCAAGGAAGCAUUGCAUAGCCUGGCUUGGGAAGGCAGGAUCGUGGUGGUUGGUUUUGCUGGGGGAACUAUCCCUUCUAUCCCAGCCAACUUGCUGCUUCUGAAGAACAUCUCUGCCCUAGGACUGUACUGGGGCCGGUACAGGGACCAGGAUUUCCCAGUCUUUUCCUCUGCGCUCUCUUCUGCUCUUCGGUAUUGUCAAGAGGGACGAAUCCAACCUCAUGUAGGAGCAGUGUUCAAACUGGAGGAGGUAAACGAAGCCUUUGCACAUGUGACUCAACGUAAAUCUACAGGAAAGGUGAUCAUCUCAGUUAGUUAAGCCUGGUUUUUUUGUGUGCAUGGACAUCAGCCCUUGCUUCUUACUGCUCUUGCCACCUUCUCAAAAGACAUGGGCCCUCCUACCAUGAAGUCUAAAGAAUUUUCUAAAUUUGAUCGUAUGCAAAAUUACUUUGGCCCUAAGCCCAUUAAAAUACAUGGACUUAGACUGGAGUAACUCUCGAUAGGAUUGUACUGCAAGUGGCCUAGGAAUUUUCAGAGUAUGAGAGCAAAUGCUUGCCUCUUGAACUGUGCAACACCACUACAGCUUCCAUCAGCCACGCAGAAACCAACACCAGCACGGCCUUGUCUGGUCUAACUUCAGCUUUCUUGAUAUUUACAAGUGGCGCAUCAGUGACGCAGGAUAAUAUACAAAACCUAGCACACCUUUAUCCAGUAUUGAAGUAUGUAAGCCCAGACCAUUGGCUUACAGAGUGGGCUGAAGCCACACAAAGCAGUUUUACCAUUGAAAUUCACAGUGUAAGCAGUUUGAAUGGGAGAUUGUCUGGGAAUGGUAGGC